ACGCGACAACCACCACCACCACCGCCGUCCCGUCCCGUCCCCAACCCCAAAAAUUCCAGUUGCACGUCCGCCCUCCCUCCCUCCCUCCCUCGCCAGCUCGCCAGGACCCCGCCCCUCCGCCCCGCCCCGCCCCUCCGCCAUUCCCUCCUGCCCGCUCGCCAAUUUUAAACGCUUUCCCCAGCCGCCAGCCGCUCGCUCGCCCGGCGGCGAUCCGGGGCGGGGCGCGAUGGAGGCGCCGACGGCAGCGCCGCGGGUGCGGUCGAUCCGGGAGACGGUGCUGGAGAGCGUGGCGGCGUACCACCAGCAGCAGCGGAUGCGCCGCAGGUUCCGCAAGAGCCUCUCCUACGCCGGGGAGCUCUCCUCCGCGGGCGCCUCCACCUCCGCCUCCCUCGCCUCGCUCGCCGGGCCCGAGGACGACGACGAGCCCUUCUGGGAGGAGGAGGAGGGCACCGUGGAGCUCGUCCAGCUCGGCGCCAACCGCGCCAAGAACGUCCUCGUCCUCAUGAGCGACACCGGCGGCGGCCACCGCGCCUCCGCCGAGGCCAUCAAGGACGCCUUCCGCAUCGAAUUCGGCGACGACUACCGGGUGUUCGUCAAGGACCUGUGCAAGGACCACGCCGGCUGGCCGCUCAACAACAUGGAGAGCUCCUACAAGUUCAUGGUGAAGCACGUGCAGCUCUGGAAGGUGGCCUUCCACGGCACAUCGCCCCGAUGGGUCCACAACUUCUACCUCGCCGCCCUCGCCUCCUUCUACGCCAAGAAGGUUGAGGCUGGAUUGAAGAAGUACAAGCCAGACAUAAUAAUUAGUGUUCACCCCCUCAUGCAACACAUUCCUCUAUGGGUACUCAAAUGGCAAGGUCUGCAGAACAGAGUAGUCUUCGCCACUGUCAUCACUGAUCUUAACACUUGCCACCCUACAUGGUUCCAUGCUGAUGUGAAUAGGUGUUACUGCCCAUCGGAGGAAGUAGCCAAGAGGGCAGAACUGGAUGACCUAAAAAGUUCUCAGAUCCGUGUGUUCGGUCUUCCCAUUCGACCAUCAUUCUGCCGUGCUGUCCUUGUCAAGGAUGAUUUGCGGAAGGAACUUGAAUUGGAUCCUGACCUACCGGCAGUGUUGCUGAUGGGAGGUGGAGAGGGCAUGGGUCCUGUAAAGAAGACCGCGAAAGCCCUUGGAGAUGCAUUGUUUGACAAAGAGCUCGGAAAACCAAUCGGGCAGCUUGUUGUCAUUUGUGGUCGGAACAAAACACUGAGCUCCUCAUUGCAGGCUCUUGAAUGGAAAAUGCCAAUAAAGAUUAGGGGAUUCGAGACCCAAAUGGAGAAAUGGAUGGGGGCUUGUGAUUGCAUUAUAACAAAGGCUGGACCAGGCACCAUUGCUGAAGCCUUGAUUAGGGGUCUUCCUAUCAUCCUUAAUGACUUCAUACCUGGACAGGAAGUUGGCAACGUCCCUUAUGUCGUGGACAACGGCGCGGGCGUGUUCUCCAAGAGCCCUAAGGAAACGGCCGAACUUGUCGCCCGCUGGUUCGGUCCAGGCGCGGAGGAACGCAAGAGGAUGUCGGAGAACGCGUUGAAAUUGGCCCAGCCGGAAGCUGUGUUCGACAUUGUCAGAGACAUCCACGAGCUGUCCCAGGAGCAAGGGGUGAAGGCGCAGAUCUCCAGCUCCCUGACGUCGUCCUUCUUCAUACCAUCUCCUGAAGCCAGCCAUUGCCCCAGCCCCAUCCCGCUCGUGUGAAGACCUUGGAAGAUGUGUACAUAGCUAGAGCACCGCAACACCUCUCUGCGCCUUUCAUAUACUUGAAAAGAAAAGAAAAGGAAAGGAAUGGAAAGGAAAAGGAAAACGUGGCACGCGAUUUGGCCUGGCUUGUUUCAUCUGUUGUCGUGGCCGGGGGAUCUCGAUGUUUUUCUGUUCAUGGCCUCCCGCCGCAGUUCUUACGGGCUCGUUUGACCGACAGGUGCUCUUGUGUUGUGCGAUAUCGUGUUGGUGUAAAGUUUGUGAAAAAUCAUUGGUUGAACAUCAUUCUUUUGCCGUCCCCUCUUUUACAUGCAGAAGGGGGGAUCACUGGUUGGCUUGUUAGCUGCAGUCAUUUUUGUGGAUUGGAAUUUUUUGUUUUGUUCAUGUAAAUUACGCUAGUUGCCACUGGGCCACUGUAAGAAGUGUACAUUAUGACAAAAGCGUGAGUGGAAGUGUUGAUUGGGCUUGUUGAAGAUAA